UCUUGGGGCUGUGGGCCUACACUUACCAUGACACUCUGGAUUUAAUUUGAGGGUUUUUUUCACCGGGACAACUUUGGUCUACUUUUUUAACGUUGUCAACGUUAAACCGUUUUAACGUUGCCUCCCACGUGUUGAAUAGGCCGAGGGGUGUGACCCCGGCAAUUGUAUCCACUUUACAUCAAAGCCAUCAACGACGCAGCGAGAAGUGAGACGAUUGGGCGCCAGGUUUAAAUCAAACGAGAGGCCGCUGCCAUUGGAUACACACUUGGGGUCUGUCGAAGAAGGGUCGCCUGUGUACCACGCUUGUCGAGAUACUGUACGCAGUCUGCAACCCUCAGAAAACCCUACCAGGAUUAAGCGAUCUACUAGCCCCCAUUUGCUGGAAAUUUAGUCGUGUGGACUAGGCCUACCUGCUGGAAUGUUACCUGAGGUGGGUCGGAGUGGUGCGGAGGAAAAGCCGACCAUCAGCUGCAUGUUGGUAGGAGACGGAGCCGUAGGAAAGACCAGCAUGAUCAUCAGCUACAUUGCCAACGGAUAUCCCGACGAAUACCGUCAGACAGCGUUCGAUGUCUUCACUGGGUCGGUUACAGUGGAUGGAAUACCCGUUCGAAUUCAACUGAUGGACACUGCGGGACAGGAGGAGUAUGACGAGUUUCGAUCCCUGUGUUACGACCACACGGACGUCUUCAUCCUCUGUUUCAGCGUGGUCAACCCCACGUCCUUCCACAACAUCACCACCAAGUGGAUCCCCCAGCUACGAGCCCGCAAUCCUACACUACCCAUCAUCCUCGUGGGCACCCAGGCUGACCUUCGACACGACGUCAACGUUCUCAUCAACCUGAACCAGCUCAGGUCCAAGCCCGUUCAGAACUCUCAGGCCCGCGGGCUGGCUGAGCAGAUCCGGGCCCAGGACUAUGUGGAGUGCUCUGCCCUGACCCAGGAGAACCUGAAGGAAGCUUUUGACUCUGCCACCUUUGCUGCAAUUAAACACAAGGCCUGCCGGGCACGGAAACUUGGGCUCAUGGGUCGCGCUAAGACCUUCUCCAGCGGGGGUUGGAAGAAGUUCUUCUGCUUCAUCUAGGCCAAAAAGGACA